UUUUAUAAAGCCGGCAGCUGCCCCAAAAGCAAAGCCGCUGCGGCAGCCCUGCCGCCGGUGGAACCCAUGAAAACAGAGCCACAGCUCCAAAUUUCCGAAACCCAAAAGAAAAUGGAAAAGAGAAGUAUUUAUAUAUAGAUAUAUAUAUAUAUAUUCGACGAGGCCAUUGUAAUGGAGUUGGCUCUGUGAAGUGUGAAUUGCUUCUUCUUCUCCUUCUCCUUCUUCUUCUUUAAUUAAAAUGUUGUGCAGAAAGAGCUCCACCAAGAAAUGCAGAGGAUCCGUACCGGUGUACCUCAAUGUGUACGACCUCACCCCCAUCAAUGGCUACGCCUACUGGCUAGGCCUCGGGGUCUACCAUUCCGGCGUUCAAGUUCACGGCGUUGAGUACGCGUUCGGGGCCCACGAGUAUCCAACGACUGGGAUAUUCGAAGGAGAGCCGAAACAGUGCGAGGGAUUCAGCUUCAGGAAGGCGAUUUUGAUCGGAUGGACGGAUGUGGGUCCGGAGGAAGUGAGAGGAAUAAUGGGAGACUUCGCCGAAGAGUACAAAGGAAACGCAUACAACCUCAUCACUAAAAAUUGCAACCAUUUCUGCAACGAUGCAUGCAUCAGAUUGACUGGCAAUCCAAUUCCCAGUUGGGUAAAUCGUCUUGCUAGAAUUGGUUUUUUCUGCAAUUGUGUUCUACCUAUGAGCAUAAAUUCGACUAGAAUCAGCAUCAGGCCUAAUGGAAGAGAAGAAAAGGCUGAUGAAGUAGAGAAGAAGAAAUUGAGAAGCCCCUCAAAUAGAUUCACAUCUUCUUCCAAUUCUUCUUCUUCUUCGUCAUUGUCUCCUUCUGGCACUGCUGUUCGGAGUGGUAGGGGCAGAAGCAGAACCAGACGCACUCAUCCUCCACCUUCACCUUUGAUUAUCAAUUCACCUUCGUCAGCCUAAAUGUCGGUCAGUUUCUGAAGCAUAGGUGUUUAAGUUCUCAUAAUUGCAGACCAAAAAGAAGUAAAAUCAUCUUUGAAUUUUUUUUUUUCUGUUCCAUUCUUUUCUUGUGAUCUUAUAAUGCUAACACCUUCCUAAGAAGCUGUGUGCUGGUUUGCAGCAAAUAUCUGUACAUUUAUAUGGGAUUGUGUUUUUAUUUAUUCCUUUUUCUUUUUGGGGGAAGUUAUAGACAUUUUCCCAUCCAAAUUUUGUCCUAGUCUCUAGUCUUAACCUCAUUGUGGCGCUUAUUUCCUUGCAGCCAACUAAAAAGCCAUGUCAGCCUUUCAUUUUGCAUUUCUUGUAGCCACCAUUUGGAGUAUGUAAAUUGAAAUUAUGGCUGCUGUUCAAUGAAGAGGUUA